GCACGUGUACGGCUACGUGGUGCUGGGCGUCAAGGGCGCGUUGAGUCCGCAGGCGCUGCCGAUGGCCCAGUUCGUGGUCUACUUGGUCAUUGCGGUGGUGACCAUCGGCUGCUACAUCGUACUGCAGUUGUCGUCGCCCGGACAACUCGACAAGAGGCCGAUGCUCGCGCCCGUGCAAACCGCCUCGCCGAAAGAGGCUGGCAGCCCACCGCCGGUUGCACCCGAAGACGGCGACGACACGGAACUGCUGGCGGACGGACUGGAGAAUGGGCACGCGAGGGACAGCGCCGACCUGCACUUCUGCAACGAGUGUCACGUGUUCCAACCGCUGAGGACGAAGCACUGCAAGGAUUGCGCUAGGUGUACGCGGCAGUAUGAUCACCAUUGUGAUUGCGUCGGGACGUGUGUGGGCGAAAACAACCGUCGGUUGUUCAUGCUGUAUCUGUUGCUGCAGAUUCUGGAGGGUGCGGUGAUGAUGGACGUGACGUCGCUGGCGUUCACUGAGGGAGACGACAUCAACGACUGGUUUAAGACCAAUGCGCUCUUCAUCGUGCUGUGGUUCAUGCUCCUCUGCGUGCUGCUCAUCGCCGUGCCGCUCUUUUGCUACCAGGCCUUCCUCAUCUCUACGAACCAGGUACGUGCAAUGCAGUACAAGUACUCACCCAACUGGAGCAAUUGGAGACCAAACUGAUGCAUUCGCUCGCCUGAUGUUCCGGUUGCAGACCUCGUGGGAGCACGCUCGUCGAUCCUCCAUCACCUACCUGCAAAAUCUUCCGGAUAAACGCUCUCCGUUCGACCGCGGGGUGCUCAAGAACUGGUGGGUCUUCAUCUGCAACGGCGACCGCAACAAGUGGGUUCACUCCACCGCGGCCAAGCCCGUGACCUCGCGCGAUGACGUCGCCUCCACUUUUGUAUAGCUCCAAAUACCCAAUUUUUGCUCCGAGACUAAAUCGCAUUCUCUCCAUACAAAACCCAAGUUCAAUCUGUGUCGCAACAUAAACUCUGCAGCAACUUGGCACACGUGGCCGAAGGUCAAGCUGGCCGUGCGUGCAUUGAGCAUCUGGACCCCGAUCACCUCCACCGCCAUGGUCCUGACCUCCGCAGCGCUCAAUGCCGCGCUGAUCGUGGCCUCCGUGGCGCUGGCAACAGGCGCCGUGCUGCUCCUCGCCUGGAUCCGCGCACCCAUUGCUGAGGCCAAGAAGCUCGCAGCGGAACUGGACCCCCCGCAGGAAGGCACUCGGCCAUUCGGGUCAUUAGGCGACGAGAAGGCCCAAGUGUCGUUGAGCGUGCGGUACUCGGUCGACCGCAUCCGGCUGCUGAGGCUGCAGAAGAACCACGGCAAGGGUGGAGCCAUCCGCAAGGGCGUCAUGCGUGCUAGGGGCAAGCGCGUGCUGUUCGCUGACGCGGACAAUGCCACGGAGGUCAGGGACUACGACAAGUUGGCCGCGGCCAUGGAUGAAGCGCUGGCACAAGGCAGCAAUGGGGUCGUCGUGUGCGGCAGUCGUGCGCACCUGGAGGAGCAGGCGAUCGCCAAGCGCAAUCCGCUGCGGAACCUGCUGAUGUACGGCUUCCACUUGAUUGUGUCGACGCUGUGCAUCAAGAACGUGCGGGACACCCAGUGCGGAUUCAAGCUGUUUGACCGCAAGGCCGCUCGGGUUUUGUUUGCGCCGAUGCAUAUCGAGCGAUGGGCGUUUGAUGUGGAGCUGCUGUACCUCGCUGCCAGCAGCAACAUGGCUAUCAAGGAAGUUGCGGUGCAGUGGACGGAGGUACCUGGUUCCAAGCUGAGUGUGAUAUCGGCGACUCUCACGAUGCUGCGUGAGAUUAUCCUCAUUCGUUUGUGCUACACUGUCGGCAUCUGGAAGGUCAACGACGGCGGAUUCCGUCUCGCUAAACGACCGUGA